AUGCAAGAUGAAAUACUUUCACGGGCGAAGUUACUGAACGAUGCUCUCAAGAAUAGUAUCCGUGCGCUCAUGGAAUCCACGACCAAUACGAAGAUACGAGACGGUAGCUCAAACUAUUUCAACGAAUUGAAACAGAAAGUGGACAAAACAAUAACGACACACUACAGUCCAGUAAAGGCUAAAUCACAUGAAGUUUCGAGCAACGAAAACGCGUCUGAAGAUCGGUUAUCGAUUGAACGUGGGCCAAUGGGACGCGAAGACGGUCUGUUACGGAUCUCUGAUGAGGAGAAUACGGAAAGUGACAGUGAUAUCGAUGAUACUGAAGAGACUAGAGAUCCCAAAUCAAAAGCUAAGGUAACUAUGAGUCCAGGAAAUGUAAAAAAAGACAAAGAAUUACUAUUGACCAAAAUUCAUAAGCAGAACACCAACAUCGAACACCUCCAAGCACAGGUUCGACGCCUUCAGAUGCAAAACAACGUGCUCGCUGACCAAAAUAGCAUCAUGCGGCAGAAACUUAAUUUACGGCUGCAAGUUCUAAAUGUGGAAAGCAAAAGUAUGGAAACAGAAAAAAGCGGUAGUAAGGAUAUAGCCUCUUUGAGAGCUCGAUUGGUUGCUACCUCAAAUGAGAAUUCUCAUCUACAGGCACUUAACUUGCAACUUUCGCAAGAGAAUGCACAGCGACAAGCCCGAUUUGGCGAGCUUCAGCAGAAAUACAAAACAGCACUUGCUAUCAGUCGCCACCAAUGUUUGGAUUUAAAACUGAAGCUUGAAGCUUGCCUUGAAAUCAAUCGUUUUCAAAACAAUGUGAUUACCAAGUUACAAAGUACAAGAGGAGAUUCUGCAUUCUGUGCCCGCGCACAGGAGGACGACUCCACCACUGAGCUUAUCAAUGGUCUUAAAAUGACGGAUGGGACGACGACAGAAUUACUUGAAGGAAGAUUGAUUGAGGAGGAUGUAGAUCCGUAUGCCAUGUUCGGAAAACGUUACAUGAAACCUAGUGCUAGAUUUAGAGCCGCAGUUAUAGCAUUGAGAUUCAUUGCUAGAGUUCGCAAUCAAGUGGGUACGAAAAAUGGCUGGAUGCAAAAUUUAAAUGUGUGA